GAGCGCGCGAAUGUUGAAAACAGUGCUUUUGGGAACGAGGAGAACUCCUUCGUUUGCAAGCGUGCACACGCGUGUUCUACGAACCUGUUUCACGUUAGUGUCGAGCGACCGGUAACACGCCGCGUGCUCGCAGUUCAACUCUCCGCUGCUUCUAAAUCGAGCUCGUUAGAGACAGAGAGAACGCUUGUUUUGGAAAUUAUACAAGAACAAGGUCACGAGAAGGAUAUUUUCAAAAUGGAGGAGGUGGUCGUCUUAAAUAUACCGAAUCAAAUCGAUCAGGAAUCGAAGAAAGUAAACAUUACGUCAGCUUUAUCAUCUGACGAAGAUGUUUGUCGCAUUGACCUUCAAACAGCUGUAAUCGAGAUUUCGGAUUCACCGCAAGUUAAUGGUAAAACAAUGGCAGUGAAUUAUGCAGAUAUUGUACAAAGUACACGAGAUACGUUUUUUAGUGGAAAGACAAGACCAUUAGAAUGGAGGAUAAAGCAAUUAAAACAAAUGCUUCGAAUGUUGGAAGAAUGUACACCUGAAAUUAUAUCGGCGUUAGCAUCAGAUUUAAGACGGAGUAAAUUUGAAUCUAUGAUUUUAGAGAUUGAUUAUACAAAACAAGAAAUUAAGCAUAUGCUUUAUAAUAUUAAGGAGUUUUCUGCUCCAGAAAAGCCUUCUAAAGCAAUAGUUAAUAUUCUUGAUGGUGUUGAAAUACGUAAAGAUCCUUAUGGCGUUGUGCUUGUCAUUGGAGCAUGGAAUUAUCCAUUACAAUUAACUAUGGCACCUAUGAUUGGUGCUAUAGCAGCUGGGAAUUGUGUUAUUCUUAAACCUUCUGAAAUUGCACAAGCUACUGCUAAUCUUUUGGCAGAAAUAAUUCCAAAAUAUUUAGAUACAGAGAGUUACCAUGUUAUAAUAGGAGGCAUAUCAGAAACGACUGAACUACUUAAGCAGAGAUUUGAUUAUAUAUUUUAUACUGGCUCUACUAAUGUCGGUAAAAUCGUUCGUGAAGCCGCUAACAAAUUCUUGACGCCUGUAACUUUAGAAUUGGGUGGUAAAAGUCCUGUGUAUAUAGAUAGUACGGCAAACAUACAAAUAGCUGCAAAGAGAAUAUUGUGGGGCAAAUACAUAAAUGCUGGGCAAACUUGUAUUGCACCUGAUUAUAUAUUGUGUUCUACAGAAGUUCAAAAUAAAUUCGUGGCUGAAGCAAAAAAGAUCUUAAAAGAGUGGUAUGGAGAAAAUCCUAAAGAAAGUCCUGAUUUUUGUCGUAUUAUUAAUGAAAAUCAUUUUCACCGUAUAAAGAAUUAUCUAUUAGACAGUGAAAAAAUAGCAGUAGGCGGUGACUGUGAUUCUAUAGAAAAGUAUAUUUCUCCAACAAUACUUAUUGAUGUAAAGCCUACUGAUAAAAUUAUGCAAGAUGAAAUUUUUGGACCAAUAUUGCCCAUUGUUAAUGUUGAUAAUGCUUAUGAAGCUAUUCGUUUUAUUAAUAGCCGUGAAAUCCCACUUGUACUAUACAUCUUUUCCAAGGACAAAGGAGUACGAAAUUUAAUAAUAAAUCAAACUCGUAGUGGAUCAGUAUGUGUCAACGAUACAAUAUUGCAAUAUUCUGUGGAAACAUUACCAUUUGGAGGAGUUGGUAAUUCGGGCAUGGGUGCAUAUCAUGGAAAGUAUACUUACGAUACUUUCGUGCAUAAAAAAGGAUGUCUUAUUAAAGAUUUCAACAUUAUAGGAGAGAAGUUGGCAGCAUGUCGCUAUCCACCUUAUAAUGAUACAAAAUUAAGUAUGCUGAUAUCGUUGGUGGCAAAGAGGCCUGAUGUACCAGGAGUAAAGUACAUUCCUUAUUUGAUAUUAUUUGGACUAGGUGUAGUUGCUACUAUUGGUUUCAAAGCUGCUAUGAAGGAUUUCUCUCAAGAAGACCAGUUGUAAUUGCAUCUUUAUGGUAUCUACAGAAUCAAGAUCCUCGUACUAACUGGAUACUGACGUAUACUUUAAUUGCAAACUUGUUUCAUUUAAUGUUAUAUAUAUAUAUAAAUUUAAUGUUAUAUAUAUAUAUAUAUAUAAAUAUUAAGUACACACUGCAAAUAUUUACGUGAAGUAAGCAGUUUUGUAUUUGUACACAUUUAUUAUCAGGCUGUGCAGAUAUAUUUUUCUUUUUGUAUGUUCUGUUUGAACGUAAUGUGCCUUGUUAAUAAUUGUAGAAGAUUAAUAUAUCGAAGUUUAUUAAGAAAACCGUAGGGAUAUUAAAUAAUGGAAUUGUUGAUAUGGGCCACAAGUAAAUAUAAUAUAUAUAUAGUAUCGCGUUCAAUCAUAAUUAACACAAAGUAUUUGUUUAAAGAAAAAAUGUUAAUAUUUUAUAUUGUUGGUGUAGAUGGAAAUAGGUGAUAUUAUAUGUUAAAAGGACGGUA